CCAAUUCCUGAAAGUUUUCAGAAAGGAAGAUCUGCUUUUUUCCAGAUGUGGUAUCUUAUCUUCUUCUGUCUCCCUGUCUGGGCUGAUGCAGACUCCAUGUAUGGUGAGAUCUUGUCACCCAAUUAUCCUCAGGUGUAUCCCAAUGAUGUGCAGGAGUCUUGGGAAAUCCAGGUCCCUUCAGGAUAUGGCAUUCGUCUUUAUUUCACACACAUGGAUCUUGAACCAUCGCAGAACUGCCAGUAUGACUUUGUGAAGAUCCUGUCUGAUGGCCGUGUUGAAGGCGUGCUUUGUGGGCGGAAGAAACCUCGUGCCCCUGGCUCCUCGAUUGUGGAGGAAUUUCUUGUCCCUUCUAACACCCUCACUAUGAGCUUCCAAUCAGACUUUUCCAAUGAGGAGCGUUUCACUGGUUUUGCAGCCUACUAUGUUGCAGUGGACUUGGAUGAGUGCACGGAUUUUGUGGAUGUACCUUGCAGUCAUUACUGUAAUAAUUAUAUUGGAGGUUACUUCUGUACCUGUCCACCAGAUUAUUUCCUCUAUGAGGAUCAGAAAACAUGUGGAGUGAACUGCAGUGGAAAUGUCUUCACUGAGCCAUCGGGGGAGAUUGCCAGCCCCAACUAUCCCAACCAGUACCCAGAGAACUCGCGGUGUGAGUACCGAGUGGCUCUGAGGCCAGGCUUCUUUGUGGCGUUGACCAUAAGCAGUGGGGACUUCGAUGUGGAACCAGCCGACCCAGAAGGGAGUUGCCACGACAGCUUAACACUUGUCUCUGGAAAGCAGCAUUUUGGUCCCUAUUGUGGCAGCAAAUUCCCAGGUCCUCCUGAAAUCAAAACUAGGAACAACAUUCUUGACAUAAUCUUCCAGACAAACCAUGCAGUUCAGCACAAAGGCUGGAAAAUACGCUACUAUGGGGAUCCUGUAACCUGUCCCCCGAGUGUCAUCCCCAACUCUGUUCUUGACCCAAAGAAGGAGAGGUAUAUCUUAAAGGACAGUGUGAAUGUGACCUGUGUGGAAGGCUAUGAAAUUGUGAGGCAACGAGACAGCAUCAGGACUUUUCACUCCAACUGUCAGGAGAACGGUGAAUGGAGCAACUCCCAUUUCAGCUGUGUUCCUGUGAACUGCGGUGACCCCAUUGCUGUUGACAAUGCCCAAGCCAUAUAUGUCUCUGAACGUCACGAGCCUCUGUACAAAGCUGCUUUCCGGUAUCAAUGUGAUGCACCUUACUAUACCCUGAAAACCAAAGGGGAUGCGGUGUAUCAGUGCUCAGCCAGUGGAGAAUGGGUCAACAAAGAGAUGGGAACAAAUCUACCAAAAUGUGUCCCAGUCUGUGGGGUGCCUAGUAAUCCCAUCAAAGAGAAAGGAAAGAUUUUUGGAGGCACCCGUGCAGAAAAGGGCAACUUUCCCUGGCAGGUGUAUUUCGAUUACCCAAGAGGCGGUGGCGUACUCAUCUCUGAAAGAUGGGUAAUGACUGCAGCUCAUGUGCUGGAGGGAUACGACAACCCCAACAUGUAUGCUGGGGUAAUCAAUGUUGGUAAAAACACUCUGUACAAGGAGGGCAAGCGGUUGGUCUCAGAGGCUUCAUUCAUCCAUCCUGAUUGGAAGAAGCAGCCCAUAGAAACCAGGACCGAUUUUGAUAAUGAUAUUGCACUACUGAAGCUGAGGGAACCUGUGAAGAUGGGCCCAGACAUCUCACCCCUCUGUCUUCCUGGUAAAUCAUCCGAGUAUGAGCUGCAAGAAGGGACUCUGGGCUACAUUGCUGGCUGGGGCCAGAGAGAGAAGGGAAGACUGCCUAUUUAUCUUUGGAAGGCCCAGAUUCCUGUGGUGGACAUGGAAAAGUGCCGAUCUGUGAAACCAGAGGGCUCCACUGAUUCCAGUGCUUACCGAUUCACUGACAAUAUGAUCUGUGCUGGUGGUGACAAGGACAGCUGUAAGGGGGAUAGCGGUGGAGCCUACGCUAUCCAAGAUCCUCUUGAUGAUGGGCGGUACUAUGUGGCCGGGCUGAUCUCCUGGGGACCAAGAUGUGGUACCUUUGGUCUUUACACCAAGGUAGUGCGGUAUUUGGACUGGAUUACAGAGACCAUGAGCAAGCAUGAGAGUGAAGAAACUUGGCAGGAUUAG